CUCCGCCCUCCACAGCCCCUCCCUCCGAGGAAGAGCUGGGCUCGGGCCCAGCAGGUGUGGGGUUAAGGGAGCCUGUUUGGGGCCCCAAGAUCAGCAGCAGCAACUGCAACAGCCGUGGCGGCUGUGGCAGGCCUGGCCCCCGGCCAAGUGGCCGGGAGCCCCAGGAAGGAGGGAAGAAGGGAGGGGGAAGAGGGAAAGGAGGCGGAGGAGAGAAGCAGUCAGCAGGCCCGAGGAGGCAGGACUUCCUGGUGUGGGGGUUGUCAACAGCCCAGAAGGGGAAAGACAGAGACCAAGAGCGAGAGGAGCUGAGGAGCAGAGACAGAACCAGCGUUGCCACGCGGGAGGAGACUUGGGACAGCCAUUCGCCAAGACCACCGACGCCAACUGCCCCAGGGGGAGGCUUUCCAUUUGGAAGAGCGGCGGGCGAGCCGCCCCCUCCCAAAUUGGUUGGGAGACGCCUGGGGCUUCAGAGGCCGAGCCUAGGCUCCAUCCUAGAGGUUCCUUGCUUUUCUGGAGAGCAAACUUUCCCCGGAGAUGCCUUGUGGGGUGAGGUGCGGCCCCCGAAGAGGACUGGGCAGCCUGUGAUCGCCGCCUGCUCUCGGCGCUGUGGGGGCCGGAGGCACCAGGGGAAGGACAGCCUGACACCUUAGCCAGGACCCCCAGCUCGGCCUGAGAGUUUGCAAACUCAGCUGUGGAGUUCGAUAGCGACAGCAGCAGGAAAAACCUGCCCUUUCCACCCCCCCUUCCCUACCCUGUUCUCCCUUCACCAACCAGGCACCCCCAGCUCCCCAAGACCCUCCUGCCAUGUCGGACCCAGAUGUCCCCAGGGGCUCUGAUGUCCCCGCCAUGUGGCCUCCCUGUUCCAGGGGCGCCUGAGCCUCUGCGAGGAGCCCCAGCCGCCCCCGCCCACCUCGGCCUAGUCCUGAGUCCCAGGGACUAUGAGUGGGGGCAAGAAGAAGAGUAGUUUCCAAAUCACCAGCGUCACCACGGACUAUGAGGGCCCAGGGAGCCCGGGGGGUGCAGACUCCCCUACCCCACCGGCCCCCACCAGGCCCCCACUCCGGCUGCCCAACGGGGAGCCCAACCCUGAGCCAGGGGGCAAGGGCACCCCCCGGAACGGCUCCCCACCGCCUGGGGCCCCCGCUUCCCGUUUCCGGGUGGUAAAGCUGCCCCAGGGUCUGGGAGAGCCUUAUCGCCGAGGUCGGUGGACGUGUGUGGAUGUUUACGAUAGAGACCUGGAGCCCCCUAACUUCGGCCGCCUACUGGAGGGAAUUCGAGGGGCCUCGGGGGGCACUGGAGGCAGGUCAUUGGAUUCCAGGUUGGAGGUGGCCAGCUUGGGCCUGGGCACCCCCACCCCACAGCCAGGCCUGUCUCAGGGCCCCACCUCCUGGCUCCGCCCGCCCCCCACCUCACCUGGACCUCAGGCCCGCUCCUUAACCAGGGGGCUGGGCCAGAUGGCGGUAACCGGCAAGGCAAUGGUGGAAACAUCCCCCCUGUCGGCCUCCCCGCCCCAGCAGCGCCCCCCAGAGCCUGGGACCCGGGAUAGCGAGGGCACAUCCCGGGCCCCCACCCCCCUGCCCUCCCUGAGGAUGGAAGUGGAGCCUAGGAAUUCAGCAGCGGGGACUCCUCCACUGUCCCGAAGGAAUGAUGGAGCCCUGCAGCUGAGGAUGGAGUUGGUGGCUCCAGAGGAGACAGGGCAGGUGCCCCAACUCGACUCCCACCCAAGCUCCCCAGCCCUCUAUUUCUUCCCUGACUCCAGUCUGGUUCACAAGUCUCCGGACCCCUUUGGAGCAGCGGCAGCCCAGAGCCUCAGCCUGGCCCGGUCCAUGCUGGCCAUCAGUGGCCACCUGGACAGUGAUGAUGAUAGUGGUUCCGGAAGCCUGGUUGGCAUUGACAACAAGAUCGAACAAGCCAUGGACUUGGUGAAAUCCCACCUCAUGUUUGCGGUCCGGGAGGAGGUGGAGGUGCUGAAGGAGCAGAUCCGGGAGCUGGCCGAGCGAAAUGCUGCACUGGAGCAGGAGAACGGACUGCUGCGUGCCCUGGCCAGCCCCGAGCAGCUGGCCCAGCUGCCCUCCUCAGGAGUCCCACGGCUCGGGCCCCCUGCGCCUAAUGGGCCUUCCGUCUGAGCGGCCUCCCUUCCCUCACAAUGUGCCUUUGGGGGCUGCCACGGCUGCCAGGCCUUGUGCCAGCUGCCUGCCCCCUCUUCCUAUGCAGCUUUAAUGCCUCCUGAUCCCUGGGGAUGGGAGUUCAAGGCUCAGUAUCGGCCGGUCCCCUAACCCUACCCCCAUCUUCCCAUAGUCCCCAGGGCCUGGGCUAGGGUGUCCACAGGCCUUGAUGGAAGAGGGAAGACUACAGGAUGGGGUGUUAGAUGGAGCCCUCCUCCAUGAGGAAUCCCACCCUCCCCCCUCCCCUUCCCUUGGUGUCAGUGUUCUGGGACCCACAGCAGGAGAUGGCUUGGGGGAGUUGGAGGCUCCCUGGCAGACACCCACCCCCCACCUUGUUCCUGAGCAGUGCCUCCUGUCCUUGGCUCAGGGGAGGGAGUACGGACAGUAUCUGGAAGUCUGGGGUUCAGGUUGUUAUUAACAUAAUAAUUAUAAUUAAAAAAUCUGAAGAAACUUGAA